GCCUAUAAAAGUGGUUCAAUUCUCUCCUUUUCUUCUCAUCCUACAAUUCAACACAAAAACAAAACAUUAGUGUUUAGUUCUUAACAAUGGCUGCCAAAAAGCUUAGUGCACUCUUUAUAUUACUUUCUCUUCUUUCCUAUUCCACAUUUUCCCAUGCUUGUGGUUCAUGCAAUCCCAAACCUAAGCCUAGUCCUCCACCACCUUCCAAAACACCUAAACCUUGUCCUCCACCUAAGGCUAUUCCUCCACCCAAGGUUAGUCCUCCUACUCCUUCAACACCACCUACGGUUAGUCCUCCUACUCCUUCAACACCACCUACGGCUAGUCCUCCUACUCCUUCAACACCACCUACGGCUAGUCCUCCUACUCCUUCAACAUCACAAAAAUGUCCUAAGGACACAUUAAAGCUAGGUGUUUGUGCUAAUCUUCUGGGACUUGUUAAUGUUGUUGUCGGAAGUCCUGCUUCAAGCAAGUGUUGUGCAUUGAUUCAAGGUUUGGCUGAUUUGGAUGCAGCAAUUUGCCUUUGUACUGCUCUUAAGGCUAACGUUCUUGGUAUCAACUUGAAUGUUCCUAUCACACUCAGUCUCAUACUUAGUGCUUGUCAAAAAUCUGUUCCUUCUGGUUUCCAAUGCUCUUCUUAGAUUUUCAUCUUAUAGGUUCAAGCCAUACAAAGUACUUAUGUUACAACUACGUUGUUUUUAUUUUAGUUAUUUGUUUACGUUUUUCAUUGGAGUCACUGUUACUUUAACAAAAUUAAAGUGACAUUCGUGAUCAUGCUAAAUUUUCAUGAAUCCGACUAUAUGGAUUAUAAGUAAGAUAUGUGUAUCCUUUCAAUAAUGGGGUAAGCUUGUUUGCCUUAUUUACCAACUUUGUCUUUUUAAUGUUAAUAAAUGUGGGGAAUCUUUGUUUCAUAA